AACUUCUGGGGCAUACGUCGUUUGGUACCCACAAAGCAAGGAGAGUUGCUUGUUUCUGUUAGUCGAAAUAAAAAAAAAAUACCCGUUCAUAAUGAUGACAGAAAGUAUAUACAACCUUAUUCCUCAAGAGGAAAUCAGGCCUCCUAAAAAAGCAAUGUACCAAUCACAAUUUCGUAGCAAAGUGAAAGAAGAAAAAAAGACCAACAAGUCACCAAAUCGGACAAUGGGACCAGCCAAGGUAGACUUACAUCAAACAUCAGAAUUUUUAAAGAAGCGCUCUGGAGAACCUAAACUUCCAGCUUCAGAGCCCUUUAAAUAUGCAGAUGAUGAGAGAAAGCGGCCUCCAGUACCAAAAGCCAAUGAGAAACCAUUGAUGGGACUGAAGUCAAAUAAGGAUUUUGUCAAAACAAAUGCAGUUGAAAACAUUAUGUCAGUUCCUAGGAAGCCAGCUGCAAACUUUGCUGACACAGUCCACGGAUCAACACACCCACUUGAACCGUCGGGCCUUGUACCUGUCUACACAUCAAAAAAGAAUUUUGGUAAAGUCCCUGAAUACCUUACAAAGCGAAACGAGGAAGUAAGGCGUGCCCAAGAGGAAUAUGAUGACUAUAUCAGGGAGCAUUAUCGUAGAGGCGCCAUGAAGAACCUUUCAGAAUCUGAGAGACAAAGCAUAAUUGACGGGCUAAAGAAAAACUGGGAAGGAAUCCACCAUCAGUACCAGGGCUUGUCAAUGGUAACCGACACUGCACCAAAAAAGGCAAGGAAAGAACGACUUGAAGCAGAAAUGAAACAACUAGAAAGAGACAUUGAACUGCUGGAGAAACACAAUGUUAUUUAUAUUUCUCACUAAGACAAAUCAGAUUUGGAAUUAAACAAUGUUUUUGACUCAACAAAUACAAUGUAUAUACUUUCAUCAAUAGUUCCACAAAAGUUGUUGUAGCUUCCCUGAAAAAAGCAUUUUCCAAACAAACCAAAGUUUGAUGAAUGUUCAGUGAAAAAUAUAAAGUAAAUAUGUACUGUAUGAGAAAUUCAUGUUGGCUGUAUAUUUUAUAUUUUGCAAUAUUCGUUGCAUGUAAAUAAAUGUAUUAAAAUAAAAUAAGUAAAUGUA